GUUUUAUGGGCAGGAUAUUCGUGCUAGUGCCAUCUUGCUUGGUGAUGUGCCUUUUCCUGCUCAAGCAGAAGAUCUUUAUGAAACUCUAGCAUCCUUCACUGAAGGAUAUGAAAAUGAAGAGCAAAAAAAUAAUCCAGGAAAAGCUGUAAACGAUCCUCCUGCUAGACCAUCAUUGAGACCAGAGCCACCUAAACCCACUGUCAGACCAACACCACCAGCUAAAAAGAAUACAAACAAACUUUAUCCUGAUCUUCCAAAUGAUUAUGCCUCUGUGGGUAACUCUUGGAGUAAUCCAGUAGAAGUGACAGCACUUUAUUCAUUCGAAGGCCAACAGCCAGGUGACUUGACUUUCAAAGCUGGAGACAAAAUCACAGUCACAACCAAAACAGACUCCCAGUUUGAUUGGUGGGAAGGAAGAAUAGGAGGACAGACCGGCAUCUUUCCAGCCAAUUACGUUGCCAUAAGUAACAGCUAAAUUUGUAUAGAAGAAAAUGUUGAAGCAGUAAUAUAUUUACACUGAAAAAUAUAUUUUAACUUUUCAGAUUUUAUUAAAAUGAGAUUCUUGAUCAAGACUAUUCUAACACAAAAUUGAAACGCAUUAAAUGACCUUAACUUUCUUCUGAACUUGUUUCUUAAAUAAACAGUAGGUGUUAGUCAGUUUAUGAUGAAGUUUUAUUUUCGAGCAAGUUGCCAUAUAAAAACUACUCCAGUUUGUGUCUAGUUUCAAUUCUGUGUUGCUAUAUGGAUUUAUUUUUUACAUGAGGGAAAAAUUACAACUUAAA